AUGAGUACUGAAGCAGUAACUAAUGAGGGAAUUGCUUCUGUAAACCAGAGCGAUGCCAUCCAACAAUCGGAUGUGUGUCCAAUUUGCCACUUAGCUGAAAAUCCGCAAUCUUUUGAAUGGAUAUGUUGUGAUGAAUGCCAACUCUGGUACCAUGAUGUAUGCGAAGGAAUAACCACUCCCUAUCUUGAAAAGCAAUAUGUAUGUAGUUCUUGUAGAAAAAAGCAAAACCUCUCGGUCUCAACAACUGGAUAUAACUCGAAUGGUUUGAAGACACCAAGCAUUCAACCUGAUAAUACGACAAAUUCUAUUCAAUCGGGGCAUACUGAGAAAGUAGCUCAGCCUGGACAAUCGGAUCAAACAUCCCAAUCCAGCCAGCCAACUCAAUCAGGUCAAUUCAAUCAGCCGCAGCAUUCAGGUCAUCCAGGUCAUCCUAAUCAUCCUAAUCAUCCUGGUCAUCCUGGUCAUCCGGGGCGUUCGGGUCCGACGAGUACUCAGCAAUUAACAAAAAAGGGUUCGACAGGGCGAGAGGAUGGAGUGGAUCACGGGAGACGCCGAGGGAGAAAAAAGAAGGAGCUCACUGUUCAUCACGAGAAUCCAGUAGUAAAGCAGGAACCAUCUUAUGACUCGAUGAUUCCGUCGUUUGAAACGGUCGGUGACGAUGUGAAGGCCUUCGAAGGCAUAAACUACCGGAGUGUCUAUAAAGAACGCAAUCCAAACAGCUCGAUCAGCCACGAUCGCGCUGCCAUUUUCAGUCGUCGUUUGUUUUGGAAGCGCUAUCAAAAGGAAAUGAAGGACAAUCCUUCCGAGUCCGCGAACGAGCUCGCCAAUCCUCUGAAGGAGCGAAAAUCGAUCCUAUCUCUCUCUUAUUCGCACCCGGAAAUCGACAAUCUCGUCAUUUUGAGUAAGUAUAUCCUGUUGAAGAAAGCGCGGAUUCUGGUGGAAGGUGCCGAGCUCAAGUCGGAUGAGAGCGCAAAGCCCGGAGUCAUGUCUUCGCAGCCCACCCCUUCGUCCACUCCAGCCACUCCCAAUGUCGAGGGGCCGACCCUUCCUUCGGUCGUUACGCCCACACCCACGCUCUCGAAUCCGGCAGUAUCCACAGAAGUGCAUACCAGGACCAUCCAACCUUCGGGCCCCGAGCUGCAGCCUUCUCACGUUCCUCUCUCUGAGCCUCUACCAACUCAACCAGGCGGAGCCGAGCUGCCUCCUGAGCCCGUAAAGGUGCGGAAGACUCACUUUGACGAACUCCCUAGCUCAAUUUCCAAUAACAUAAUCAAUCGAACCAACUCAUUCAAAACAUCAAGUGGGUCUGGAAGCCGAUCUGGAAGUCGGUAUCGCCGCAACUAUCCCUCUUCUUCGCGCUCCUCUUCGCGCUCCUCUUCGCGCUCCUAUAGUCAUUCUCGCUCACGAUCCAGAUCGCGUUCUCAUUCACGGAGCUAUCAGAACUAUUAUCGAGAUGUUGCUUUUUGCAUGGGUUUUUAUUGUAGUACUCUAGAGAGCGUAGUUAUCGCAAUCAUAGUAGACAUGGAUCACCACGAUAUUCAUACGAGCGGAGACACUCUUAUGGAUAUCGCUCUAGCAAUGAUCCCUAUUAUUCAAAUCGCAGCUAUGAUGGGUAUAGUCGAGAUGAGCAAAGAAGUAGAUAUCAUGAUUAUUAAUAGUAUAUCGUUUGAUUGUUUGUUUUUUCAUACUCUUCUGUGGAUUAAUGGUUGA